AUGGGGGAUCAUCAGAUUGUGAAAGGAGAGGAGUUUGAGAGGAAAGCUGAGAAGAAGAUUAGUUGUUGGGGUUUAUUUUGUUCUAAGCAUGACGAUGCUGCUGAUCUUUAUCAAAAAGCCGCCACUUCCUUUAAACUCGCUAAAUCGUGGGAUAGAGCUGCAAUGGUCAAUAUUAAAUUGGCUAACUGUAAUUUGAAGUUGGGUAUCAAGCAUGAAGCAGCGCGUGCUUAUGUUGAUGCUGCAAAUUGUUACAAGAAAACGUCCCCCAAACAGGCUUUAUCAUGUUUAGAUAAGGCUGUGAAUAUGUUUUUGGAAAUCAGCAGACACAACAUGGCUGCACGGUAUUGUAAGGAGAUUGGCGAAUUGUAUGAGCAGCAAGAGAACUUUGACCAAGCACUUCUGUAUUUCGAGAGGUCUGCAGACCUUUUUCAGAUCGAGGAAGCAACAACAUCUGCAAAUCAGUGCAGGUUGAAAGUUGCGCAAUUUUCUGCUCAGUCAGGGAAAUAUCCUAAGGCAAUCGAACUAUAUGAAAAGAUAGCACGUCACUCUCUAAACGACAAUUUAUUGAAAUAUGGAGUUAGAGGGCAUCUUCUUAAUGCUGGAAUUUGCCAACUAUGUAAAGGAGAUAUUGUUGCGAUAACCAAUGCACUGGAUAAAUAUCAGGACAUGGAUCCUACUUUCUCAAGGACUCGGGAGUACAAACUCUUAGCUGAUUUGGCUGCUGCAGUUGAUGAUGAAGAUGUUGCAAAAUUCACAGCUGCUGUGAAGGAGUUCGAUACCAUAACCCGGCUGGAUACUUGGAAAACCACUCUUCUCUUGCAAGUGAAGGAAACUCUAAAAGCUAAAGAACUUGAAGAGGAUGAUCUGACUUGA